GAGCCACGGAGCGAAGCUGGAGAGAGAUCGCGGCUGGCCAAGUGAGGACGGGGACAGUCGCUGCCUUUCCUCCUUGUCCUAGAGUCAUCCGAGCCUCAGUGUGGCCACCUGCUGAGCCUGGAAACCCUCCUGGGGAUUCCUUUCCUGCUUUCCAGGUGGGGAGACGGAGGGCUGGGUUGCACCCCAGUAUCACUGGGUGAAGUGGGUAAAGCCAGGCCCUGCCCUCGGUGGCUGGCAACCCGACAGAGAACUGUGCUGAGAAGUAGAAGACAGGCCACAGGCACCUCCUCAAGGUUCAGAGACUAGCCCAGUUAAUAACCUGCUGUGUGGUCUUGAAGUCCCCGCUCCUCUCCAGGGCUAGGAGAUGGAACACUACCAUCAAUGUCUCCGAUUAGCUCUCACCAAGUGUGUGAAAUAGUCACCAAGUUUAAAAGAAGCCGUCGAAGUGCAAAGUGCCUCGCACAUGCCAAGGGCUAUCUCCGUUUCUGUCAUGGUCCUGUCCGUCACUCCAGCCACAAGAGCAGUCCCUGUGACCGCCAGCUGUACCCUGAAGCUUGGUCUCAGAACUUUCUAUGCCUAGAGGUUUCAAGCCAGCAGGCCCUGCAUCUCCCCAGGUAACCACGCCGGCCUCAGGCCAUGCACGGACACAGCCGAAACGGGCAGGCCCACGUGCCCCGGCGGAAACGCCGCAACCGCUUUGUCAAAAAGAACGGCCAGUGCAACGUCUACUUCGCCAACCUGAGCAACAAGUCCCAGCGUUACAUGGCAGACAUCUUCACCACCUGCGUGGACACGCGCUGGCGCUACAUGCUCAUGAUCUUUUCCGCGGCCUUCCUCGUCUCCUGGCUCUUUUUCGGCCUCCUCUUCUGGUGCAUUGCUUUCCUCCACGGCGACCUGGAGGCCAGCCCCUCGGUGCCUGCUGCAGGAGGCCCGGGGGGCAAUGGUGGGGCAGCCCCGACGGCCCCCAAACCCUGCAUCAUGCACGUGAACGGCUUUUUGGGAGCCUUCCUGUUCUCAGUGGAGACACAGACGACCAUUGGCUAUGGCUUCCGGUGCGUGACAGAGGAGUGCCCGUUGGCGGUCAUCGCAGUAGUGGUCCAGUCCAUCGUGGGCUGUGUCAUCGACUCCUUCAUGAUCGGUACUAUCAUGGCCAAGAUGGCACGGCCUAAGAAGCGGGCCCAGACGCUGCUGUUCAGCCACCAUGCUGUCAUCUCAGUGCGAGAUGGAAAGCUCUGCCUCAUGUGGCGGGUGGGCAACCUGCGCAAGAGCCACAUUGUGGAGGCCCAUGUCCGGGCCCAACUCAUCAAACCCUACAUGACGCAAGAGGGUGAGUACCUGCCAUUGGACCAACGUGACCUCAACGUGGGCUAUGACAUCGGCCUGGACCGCAUCUUCUUGGUGUCACCCAUCAUCAUCGUGCAUGAAAUCGACGAGGACAGUCCGCUCUAUGGCAUGGGCAAGGAGGAGCUGGAGUCGGAAGACUUUGAGAUUGUGGUCAUCCUCGAGGGCAUGGUGGAGGCCACUGCUAUGACUACACAGGCCCGCAGCUCCUACCUGGCCAGUGAGAUCCUGUGGGGUCACCGGUUCGAGCCUGUGGUCUUCGAGGAGAAGAGCCACUACAAGGUGGACUACUCAAGGUUCCACAAGACCUACGAGGUAGCUGGCACGCCCUGCUGCUCUGCCCGCGAGCUGCAGGAAAGCAAGAUCACGGUGCUGCCCGCCCCGCCGCCCCCUCCCAGUGCCUUCUGCUAUGAGAAUGAGCUGGCCCUCAUGAGCCAGGAGGAAGAAGAGAUGGAAGAGGAGGCUGCUGCCGCAGCUGCCGUGGCUGCGGGCCUGGGCCUGGAGGCAGGCUCCAAAGAGGAGGCAGGCAUCAUUCGGAUGCUUGAGUUUGGCAGCCAUUUGGAUCUGGAGCGCAUGCAAGCCACCCUCCCACUGGACAAUAUUUCCUACCGCAGGGAGUCUGCCAUCUGACCUCCAGGCCCUGCCAUCCUCUACCCCUGCAAGAGCCUGCCUCUGCCAGGGCUGGGGCGCUCGGAUGAGCCUCCCGCUCUCAGGACAGUUUUGAACCUGGCUCCGUGGACCUGGAGGAAGGUGGGGGCUUUAAAGACUGGGAGAUCCCUUCCUGUGAACUGCAGAGCCCAGGACAGGGAAGGACCCAGGAACUCAGUCCUGCUAGCCUGAGCCCCCUGGCACCUCCCCCACGGGUGGCUCUGGGCCCCCAGAUCUUCCACCUUUUUACCACUGACCCUUCAAGGAUGGGCCCCUUCUGCUCUCAGGACCUUGGGAAGGCGGCUGGACUGCUGGGGGAGGGUGGGCAC